GAAGGGCCUCAGUUCAAAUCCAGUUCCAGACAUUCAGUGGCUGUGCCCUUGGGAAAGUCACUGAACCUGUUCCCCCCGCUGUAAAUGAGCACAAUAGCAUGAGCCUCUCUGGGCUGCUGUGAGGAGCACAGGAAGCAUUUGUGAAGCCUGGCACCGAGAGGGUGCGAUAUAAAUGCGAGCUAUGAUGUGAUUAUUUCCCCAGAUAAGCAGCAGGGAAAGGGGAAAGCAGGGUAACAGGCGAGGAGACAGUCCAUCUCCCCAGGGACGGAGGGGCGUACGGCGCAUGAGGGAAUGGCCCGAUUUCUGUCCGAUGCCAGCGGGACUCCCUCUUUCCCCUCUUCCGACCCCGUCCCGCCAUCUUAGCCCGCUCGGUCCCGGAGCCUCUUUCAGAAUCUGUCCCGGGACAAGGGCUCCGAAGGAACUGGGGCUGUGCCUGUGUGUGCGCCGGCUCCGGAGGAGGGACGGGUGCCCCGCCCUUCCCGCACAAGGACACGUUUGGGGGUCCAGCAGAGAUCACAGCGGUAACCUGGGCAGUUUAGUUUAGCGGGGCUGGGCUGGGCUGGGCUGGGCUGGCCCAGAGCCCGGAGGAGGGGCUGGGCGGCCACAGGUGCAGCAGGACUAGGAAGCAGGAAGCGGAGGGCAGGGUCUCCAGCACACGGGACUUUCUCCUCCCAGGGACUCGCGGGGAUGGCCCCGUCCAGCAGGGAUGUGGGGACCGAGCUGGAGGAGACUGUGCAGCAACUGCUGGGCCGCCUGAAGAGCCACCGUCUGUUUCAGUCUGAGUGGGACAUUGCGGCCUGUGUGGUCUUCCUCACCUUCAUUGGAACCGUACUGGUGCUGAUGCUCCUCGUCCUCCUGCACUGCUGCUGCCGCUGCGGCUGCCAUUCCUCCAGCCCCCCAAAGAGGAGACCCAAGGGAGUGGACAACUUAGCCCUGGAACCGUAGUCCUGCGCCUCUCGCCCUGGCCUGACCAUCAGGACCAGCAUCCCACAGCCCACACCAUGAAGCAGCAAACAUUAAAGAAGUCAGACUCCA